ACCGAGAGAGCCUGGAGAACUCCACGUCAGAUUUCCAAAAAGGCCCCUCCUCCUCUUCGUUCUUUCCGCCUCGCCUCCGAGAUCUCCGGCUCCGGCGAGCGGAGGAGCUUCCCGCAGCUCCCAGGAUGCCCGCCGCCUCGAUGCUCGUGCCGAAGCGCGCCAACUACGUGGCCCCGAUGCUCGCCUCCGCCGCCAUCCUGCUCAUCCUCCUCUCCGGCUACUUCGAGCUGCCCUCCAUAACCUCCUCCUUCUCCGCCCCGUUGACCCCCAUCGUCUCUGCCGCCGCCGCCGCCGCCGCCGCCGCGGAGCGCCGCCGCUUCGAUACGGCGCUCGACUCCGUCGGCUCCCGCAAGCGGCACGCCUUCACCUCCGUCCUCGAAGCCUUCGGCGCCUGGGACGCCGCCGUCGGGUGCCCCCGCGUCCGCGCCAAGAUCGGCGCCGCCAACGCCACCACGGCCUCCGCCAUGGCCGCCAUCACCGGCGGAGCGGGCUGGGCAGGCGCGACGUGCGAGGAGAUGAAGACGCGGCACGUCGGGGUGUUCGUCAAGGGGUGGACAUGGAUCCCCGACGCGCUCGACGGGGUGUACACGUGCCGCUGCGGCGUCAGCUGCGUGUGGAGCAAGGCCGCCGCCGUCGUCGACCGACCCGACGCGAUGCUCUACGAGGGCGCCACGCCGCCGCUGGAGAGAAUGAAAGGUCUACCACUUCGCGUUUAUCUGGAUCUGGAGGCUGUUAGGAAGCCAACUGGUUUUGAAGAUAUUUUUAUAGGUUACCAUGCUAAUGAUGAUGUGCAAGUAACAUAUGCUGGAAAAUCUUUCCACAGUAGCCGGAGUUACCAUGUAUCAACAGAAAAGACAAAUGAUGCACUUGUCUACUGGUCAUCUUCAAGGUGUCUUCCUCACAGAGACAAGCUUGCAAAAGAUUUCCUCUCAUUGGUGCCACACCAUUCCUUUGGAAAAUGCUUAAAUAAUGUUGGUGGUCCUGACAUGGCACUAUCCAUGUAUCCAGUGUGCUCAAACAAUGGCAAUGGAUCACCACACUGGUGGGAUCACCUACACUGCGCAAUGUCACAGUACAAGUUUGUUCUUGCAAUUGAGAACACCAACACCGAAAGCUAUGUGACAGAGAAGUUAUUCUAUGCAUUGGAGGCUGGGUCAGUGCCAAUAUACUUCGGUGCACCCAACGUCUGGGAUUUCAUCCCUCCCAAUUCUGUCAUCGAUGCCUCCAAAUUCAGCUCUCUUAAAGAACUGGCAUCAUAUGUGAAAGCGCUUGCGAAUGAUCCUGUAGCCUAUGCGGAAUACCAUUCAUGGAGGAGGUGUGGUAUUCUGGGUAACUUUGGCAGGGCACGUGAAAUGAGCCUUGACUCGCUGCCCUGCCGACUCUGCGAAUUAGUUAGCAAGAGAGGUGGUAGGAGUGCAGAUGCAUUUUGAUUAACUGGUAAUCCCGUUGUGUCCUGUAUACUUCAGUUCGAUGGGAGCUGAAUGACUUUAGCGAAUGGUAUGCCUUGGAUGAUGAUGUUAUUCAAAUGAAGAUGGUUGCUGACAUUAUCAGUGGCAAUAGUUGAUAUUCUUGCAAUACCACACCGGCAUCCCUUUUUAUAUUUUAUUCUUGAUCCCUUUUGUUUCAUACGCUGUAGUUGAGAGAUGUAUACAAUUUUUUUUGUGUGGAGGGCUCAUGAUUGUAGGAAGAGAAAUUUUGCAAUUGCACUUUAUCUUGUGAAUAUAAACAUGUGAUAGGGUCAUGUGACCAUCUCCUAUACAGAAGUACUGUCAAACUGAACAAAUUGAUGCAUUGCCAGACUUUUACUAGU